AUGUCUCUCGAUCUCUACGAUAUCGCCAUGCAGGCGUACUUCUCCUUGUACGGCCUGACGAUGACCACCGACCCCGACAUGUUCUGGUCCGCCAAGGGAAUUAUGCGCGUGCCGUAUGUCACCGCCUUCGGUGGUGCGACCUCCGCGGUCGGUUUCUUCGCCAGAAUGACCGGCUUAGGAUUCGUCAUCAUGGUUCUCGGACGAAGAGCCGGGACGCCGAAGGCAACGUUCGCCAAGCAAGCGCUCGCGUUCCACGUCUUGUCCACAAAGUGGUUCUGCGAUCUGACGCAGGUGGUCUCCACGAGACGGUCGCCGAGCAUCUUCAUCCCGUGGGCGUGGAAGCUUCAGGUGUUUGUGAAUAUUGUCCUCGCUCUUUGGGGGAUCGUGGCGCUCGGUGGACCGAAGAAGGCGCUCAAGCUGGAUUAG